AUGUCGAUGUUCAGACCAGCUGGAGAGAUAUCAUCCUCGGAGUCUGAAUUUGAAUCUGAAACAGAUUCAACCCCCGGCAAUGGGAGAGAAGAUGAGAGGAGUAGAUCAAGUGAACAAUCGAGAAAAAAACUAGACUCGGAAGGAUGGGACCCGUCAAAUUCACUUGAGGAUGUCUCGGCGCUAUCCCAAGGUGCGAUGGACACCAAUAUAGAUCACCACGCAAAUGUCAUGACAGCCGCAUUACUUGAAUUUUACUGUCAGAGUCGAGCUGUCGAUAUCCUCAAUGCUCAGCAAGGCUCCAGUCGAAAUUUCACCCGUCAUAGCCCUGAGGUCCAGUACCUGGGAAGGCAGUUGUACAAAUUUAAAUCGCAGUUUUUGGCAUCGCACGGUGUCAUGCCAGAAGGUAUUGAAAAUGAAGAAUUGGGUCCAACGAGACAGCGCUACCGGGACAAUCUUGAUUUGCUCGGUAUUACAGCCCUUGAGAAGAUCGAUUUGAACUCGCCUGUGAAAUCACCCAUCGAGGGUCGUGAUGAGCUCGCGUUGGUCUCAAGACCACCGCUCAAUCACCAAGAAGGAGGCGAGAAUACCGGUCGAUUUUGGCGAAGAGAAGAAGAGAAUAUGCAGCUUCCGCCUAUCGAUCGUAUUGAUGGCCUUCGAGGUAUUCCCAGCAUUCCAAGAAACCUUUCCACCUCAUCAAUGCCCCUUUUUGGAAGCUCACCAGUGAGCGUCCCGUUAUUUAAUGGAUCUGCAGGUCCGCCAUAUAACCACAUGUCGCGGUAUUCCGUCGAAUUCAGCGAACUCAAAAUUCUGGGUCGCGGAUCAUUUGGCGAGGUUUAUCAAGUCAAAAACCACAUCGAUGGCCAGGAAUACGCGGUCAAGAAGAUUCCGCUCAGUCAGCGAAGGCUUGAGCAGUUACAGUUUGGUGGUCAGAACCAGCUAGAGACCAUCAUGAAAGAGAUUCGAACACUUGCUCGCCUGGAGCAUUCGAACAUCGUUCGGUACUAUGGCGCUUGGGUUGAGCAGGCACAUGUUUCGAGCCAAAUACCAUUCAAACCAAAGCCUCAACCCAGAUAUGAGCCUUCUCAAUUUCAUGAACCCAGCUAUGGUGGAACCAAUGAACCAAGCAUGGGGAUCGUCUUUGAACACUCCGAGAAUUCCACUACGGGAUCACAUAUGAGCUCUGUGCCCGAUGAGCACAGCUUCAAUGAUAGAAUUGAACGAUUAGACAGCCAUGCAACAUCAUCCUCCCGUCAUACUCGAAAGAGUUCAAAUGUGGAGUUGGAGGAUGAGGAUGAUAUCGAGUCUAUACCCCGAAAUUUCGACAACCCUUCCUAUGGGCAGACAUCCUCUUUCGGAGAGACUGAUGAUAUUUUUACGGAUGGCUUAAGUCAAGAUCACUCGAAGAUGGUACAACACCGCUACGGACCCGGUCACCAACCGCCAGCAGUCAUUCUACAUAUCCAGAUGUCGCUCCACCCGAUCUCUUUGAACGCUUACCUCAAUCCUCAGUCACCUGAAAAGAGUAAUAGCAAGGCCGGAACCCUGCCCAGGCGUCAUUGCUUCCAUUUGGUGCCAUCCUUACGGCUUAUCCUGGAUAUUGUCUCGGGGGUCGAAUAUCUUCAUUCGAAAGGGAUUGUUCACCGCGAUCUCAAACCCGCCAACAUUUUCCUCUGUGCCCCCGAGACUUAUGCUCUAGAAAGCUGCUCAAAAUGCUUUUCUGGUGGUGAAUCGCCGACACAUUACUGCCGUCCUCGAAUUGGUGAUUUUGGUCUUGUUGCGGAUGUUUCGCGUUUGAAUGACGGCUCGGCAGAUGGUGCGGUGACUCCAUUCCGCGAGGGCCCCAAGAUCCAGCGUGUUGUUGGGACCGAGUUUUACAGACCUCCUAUCAACAUAAGUCCCUCCGAGUCACAAUCUGAAUACUUUGAUGAGUACAGGAUUGACGAAAAACUCGAUGUUUAUGCCCUCGGAGUCAUUCUAUUCGAGCUUCUCUACCAAUUAAAUACCAAAAUGCAGCGACAGAUGGUCUUGAACGAUCUCACUCGCGGGUCAACUUCCCUGCCUGAUGAUUUUGCUUGCCGGAUCGAUCAUGGUGAGACGAAGCUGGAUACCGGAGAAGCGGUGGCUGACUCCUUGAUCACUUGUAUUCAAGGAAUGUUGACGCCACAAUCACAGCUGCGGUGGACUUGUCAGGAUGUGAAGGAACACUUGCGUCGGAUCUAUAAAUCCGUCAAGAAACUACAGUAG